UUACAGGAGAUUGGUAUUUUAUCAAACUUACUAAUCUAACACGACAAUGAACGAGGAUAAACACAUGAGUAUUUUUGAAGCGCCAAAGUGCUUAGUAAGUACAGAUGAUAAUGGACAAUUCAAAGUUGAAGAGGAAAUACUGAAGCAAAUUCAAGAGAUUGAUAAACAACUUGUGAUAUUGGCGAUUACUGGGCUAUACAGGACUGGAAAAUCAUACCUAAUGAACCGGCUUGCAAACUCUUCGAACGGGUUUCCGCUUGGAAAGACUAUAGAGUCCAAAACAAAGGGAAUCUGGAUAUGGUGUAAGGAUCAUCCACGUAAAGACAACACUGUUCUUGUCUUGCUAGAUACAGAGGGUUUAGGAGACGUUUCGAAGGGCGACAAGGAUCAUGAUAACAGAAUUUUUACGCUUGUGGUGCUGCUAUGUAAUGUCUUAGUCUAUAACAUGAUGUCAACCUUCAACCAAGAUGCUGUAGAUAAACUGACAUUUAUAACAGAAAUGUCGAAAAAUAUCAGAUUCCAGAACAGGACAGAAAGCGUCGAUGACGAACAACUUAGAAUGAUUCUCCCAACUUUUGUUCUUUGUCUUAGAGAUUUUUCUUUAGAGCUAGAAAAAGAUGGCAAUAAAAUCACUCCCGAUGUCUAUCUUGAAGAUUGUCUUAAACUGAAGCAAGGAGACGAUAGUACAAUAAAUAAAUAUAACAGACCAAGGGAAUGUAUUCUGAAAUAUUUUUGUAAGCGCAAGUGCUUUGUUUUUGAUCGGCCAGGUGGAAGAAAAGUUCUGCAGCAGUUAGAAUGCAUUCCAUUGGAAGCACUGUCCGACGAAUUUAUUGAAGAAACUAAGUUGUUUUUAGAUUACAUGUACGCAUGCGAGAGCAAGGUGCUCCUUAACAGCAAGCCAGUCAACGGAAGAAUGUUUUCGACUCUUAUCGAGACAUAUGUAAACGCAAUACGAAACGGAGCCGUUCCUGUUGUCGAUGACGCAUUCAUGGCUGUUGCAAAUUUGGAAAACGAACGUAUGGCAGCCGUAGCUGUAAAAGAGUUCGCGGAAAAACUAAAAAUGAUUGAACUACCAGUCCUGAAGACCAAUGAUUUCGAAAAUCUUUAUCAAGAAAUACAAAAGGGUGCACUUUCAAAACUGCGGCAUGAAUCUGUGUUCAACUCAGAAAAAUAUGAAAAAAAUGCAGUUUAA